AUGCCUUUAUAUGCAAAAUUCCUCAAAGAGCUCAUUAACAAGAAAAAAAGCUGGAAUGAAAAGGAGACCGUGAUCUUGACACAAGAAUGCAGUGCAGUAAUUCAAAAAGGUCUCCCACCAGAACUCAAAGAUCCUGGAAGUUUCUCUCUGCCUUGCACUAUUGGUAACAUGUCCAUUGACAAUGCACUAUUCGAUCUAGGAUCAAGUAUCAAUCUGAUGCCUUUAUCUAUGAUGAGAAGGUUAUCUAUAGAAGAAGUAAAACCCACAAGGAUGUCCUUACAACUUGUUAAUAGAUCAAUGGUAAUCCCCAAUGGAGUGGUUGAAAAUCUUUUAGUUAAGGUGGGUAUGUUCAUAUUUCCAGUGGAUUUUGUAAUCCUGGAUCUAGAUAAAGAUGGAAGUGGUUCUAUCAUAUUAGGAAGACCUUUCUUAGCCACAGUAAGAGCCAUUAUUAAUGAGGAGAAAGGAGAAAUGACCUUGAGGGUACAUGAUGAGCAGAUCACCUUACAUGUCUUUAAGGAGAUGCAACCUCCUGCUGAAAAGAGAGGCUGCAUGAGAAUUGAGAAGGAAGACAUUGAAGAAAAAUAA